CAGACAAGCUUGUUCUCCGCAGUUCCAGGAUUUCACUUAGCUCUCUGGGAGCAACCCGAUACAUUUCCCUUCUUUUAUUCCCUGCCCUGGGAAGCCCCGGUGCUGCCGCUGAGAUGUGCAAGAUGUCUUUCAAGAAGGAAACACCUCUUGCCAAUGCUGCUUUCUGGGCUGCUCGGAAAGGAAACCUGCCUCUCCUUCAGCUGUUGUUAAACAGUGGACGAGUCGAUGUGGACUGCAGAGACAGUACUGGGGCUACAGCGUUAAUGGUGGCUUCCUACGCAGGACAUAUUGACUGUGUUCGUGAAUUGGUCUUACAAGGAGCUGAUAUUAAUUUACAAAGGGAGUCUGGAGCUACUGCUCUGUUUUUUGCUUCUCAGCAAGGUCACAAUGAUAUAGUGAAAUUCCUCUUUGAAUUUGGAGCAUCUACAGAAUUCACCACCAAAGAUGGAGGAUCCGCUUUGUUGGCCGCCAGUCAGUAUGGACAUCACCGUGUGGUAGAAACACUUCUGAAGAAUGGAGCCAACAUUCAUGAGCAACUUUCGGAUGGGGCCACUCCAUUGUUUAUCGCUGCACAAGGAGGCUACGUGGAUGUAGUUCGAUUAUUGCUUACCUCUGGUGCAAAGGCGAACCAGCCAAGGCAGGAUGGCACCACUGCCCUGUGGAUAGCGGCUCAGCUGGGGCACAGCGACGUGGUGAGAGUUCUGUUACUGAGAGGAGCUGAACGGGAUACUGCCAGGACCGAUGGUACUACAGCUUUAUUUAAAGCAGCAGCUAAGGGAUUCCAUGAAGUUAUAGAAGAAUUGCUUAAAUUCUCCCCAACUCUUGGUAUUUUAAAGAAUGGCUCUUCCGCUCUCCAUGCUGCUGUUCUUAGUGGAAAUGGAAGAUCAGUGUCCCUUCUUUUAGAUGCAGGAGCAAACCCAGUGCUUAGAAAUAAGGCUAAUGAACUACCAGCAGAUCUUUCAAAAAACGAACGAAUAUUGAGUCUUCUGCAAGCAAAAGAAAACUUUCCUCUUCAAUAAUAUGUUCUUGGCCUAUUAUUUUCUCUGAAAACAAUGUAUUGUACCUUGAUAUUCUGCUGCAAGUCUGAUGUCUCAUCUGCUCAGCCUAUUGUGAUACACACUUGAAAUAUCUAGAUAUAAAACCCUCAUCGUCUUCAUUACUGAGCCAUUUAAAAAAUGAUUUUAAACCUUAAUCUGACUCUGUAACUAGAGGGCAUUAUUCACCUAAUCACCCCCCCCCCCCCCUCUUCAGCAUGCGCCUCAUUAGAUUCAGGAUCUUUCUAUGCAAGGAACACAACAGCAAUGGUUUUAGGUAAGGGACAAUACCAUCAUAAGUACUUUGACUCUUUGCUAUAAUUUGGUGCUGUAUGAUAAUGGGUUAACCCAUUGAUAAAACUGUAAAUAUACCAUUCCAGCAAAUCAUUGUCAAUAUGAGAUUAAAAUGUAAUUUCAUAAACACUCAA